AUGGUUGUCCUCGCGGCUUCGAUCUGCACCCGUGGAGGGAAAGCUGUCCUCUCCAGGCAGUUUCGCGAGAUGCCACGAUCCCGCGUCGAAGCUCUCCUUGCCUCGUUCCCGAAACUCGCUCAAAGCGGCACACAGCAUACGACCGUUGAGCAAGACAAUGUUCGCUUCGUAUACCAGCCGCUCGAUGAGCUCUACAUGGUCCUCAUCACCAAUCGCCAAUCGAACAUCUUGCAAGACAUUGAUUCGCUCCACCUGUUCGCGCAGGUCGUUACCAGCGCAUGCAAGAGUCUCGAUGAGCGGGAGAUUUUGAGAAAUGCGUACGAGUUGCUGAGCGCUUUCGACGAGCUGGUGACGCUUGGGUAUCGGGAGAACCUUACGCUCAGCCAGAUUAGGACAUUCCUUGAUAUGGAGAGUCACGAGGAGCGGAUCCAGGAGAUCAUCGCCCGAAACAAGGAAUUGGAAGCUACUGAGGAGCGCAAGCGCAAGGCGAAGCAACUCGAGAUGCAGCGCAAAGAGUCUGCGCGAACCGGUCGUGGUAGCAUGCCCCGAACGCCCGUCUACCCGACAUACACUCCUCCUAGCCAAUCGACUUCCAAUGUGGAUUCGUACGAGGCGGAGAAGAACAAGACAUUCAACAAGCCUUUGGUGUCCAAGGGCAAGGGCAUGCAGCUCGGGAAGAAGUCGAAGACGACGGACAUGUUUGAACGUGUUCGUGGAGACAUGGGUGGUGAGAUUGAUAACUCACCCCUCGUGGCACCUGCACCCGCUGCGGCUGCCGCAGAGCCGGCAGAGUCCCGAGUCUCAUCGACGCUGGACCGGGACGCUAUUCACGUUACCAUUGCCGAGAACAUUAGCGCCAAAUUAUCCAGGGAUGGCGAGGUCAACUCACUGGCCGUCAGCGGCGACUUGACGUUGCGCAUCUCGGACCCUAGUCUGACCAAGGUCAAACUUGCGCUACAGGCCGUGGCUUCUCACAAUGCACAAUUCCGCACUCACCCUAAUGUUGAUAAGAACCUUUUCAACAACUCGAGGGUCAUCCAGAUGACCAACAUAGCGCGGGGGUUCCCAGUGAACAAUGCAGUCGGAGUUCUGAGGUGGCGCGCAGCAGGCGUUGACUCAAGCGCGUGCCCUAUCGCCUUCACCGUAUGGGUCAACGGGGAUGGGGGCAAGUACACGUUGACAAUUGAGUAUGAGCUGACGGGCGGCGAUUCGCUUCGUGAUGUUAGUGUCGUCAUCCCCUACCAGGGCAGCGAGCCAGUUGUCUCGAGUUUUGACGCUGCGUAUGAUGUCUCGGGCGACGCCUUGGAAUGGAACAUUGGCUCAGUGGACGAGGAGAAACCCAGUGGCUCCUUUGAAUUCGAGGCGGAGAGCAGCGAUGAGAAUGAUUUCUUCCCCAUGUCUGUGCGCUUUACCAAGACAACACCAUAUGUCGAGGUUGACGUCACUUCCGUGUCCCUGUUGGAAGAAGGAGAGGAGGUCACUUUCUCCAAAGAUGUUAGGACUGUUGCGGAUAAUUUCAUGAUCGAGUAG